CAGUCCUACGCGCCCCCUGAUUGGUCAGGCGGCAUCUUACGACGAAAGAGAUUUUUCAUUAGUCUGCUGCGUGUUUGAGAGGCAAGACUUGAAAUAUCUUCUUCUCGUCUGAUAGCUGUCAAACUUUACAGGGAAAAGAUGAUAUAACUGGCAACAAGACGGUACCACAAGACAUCUGAGGGACAACUCCUCAGCUUACUCUACAGAAGUCUGUUGGCGUCUUACCAUUCAAGAUGGACGCAGACGAGAUUCAAGUACACGAAACGACCCCCCUGUCUGCUGUGGAAGAGAUAGAACUCUGUCCCGUGGAGGAAACCAGUAUAAACCCACACCAGGCGAUACUACAGCAACAAGACGACGAUGACAGCACCAGCUGUAGCGAAGUGGGCGGCCCCGUCUGCGAACACCUGAAACACCUUGUGACCAACGGAGACGUUCCUUUAGGAGACGUAGAAGAAGACAUGGUUGCUCCUCUGGCCACGCCCGAAGAUCUUUCGUCCUUAUCAUCCGUCUCGCUACAGUCCUUGUCCGAUUCUAAGAACUCCCCGUCUGAUUCUAAGAGUUCUGUGGUCGAGUCUGCAAAGUCCGAGGAAGAAUUCUUAGAAGAAGAAGAACAAGAAGAGGAGGAGGAAGAACCAGGAGAGGAGUCAACUCUUCUUACUGAAGAGCAAAGGGAGGAAAGUAAAAGUGAUGAGAAGACUGAAGAUGGAGAAGAUGAAGAGGAAGAAGAAGAGGAAGAAGAAGAUGGAGCAAGAGGAGGUGAAGGGGAGGGACAUCAGUCCCUCAACCCCAUCGUCAUUGUGAAGACUCCGAGAAGGAUUCUGAGGUGUCCUCUCUGUGAGGCUGAGGCACUAGAGGCCAUGGCAAGACAAGGGACAAUAGUUCUACACCCAGAUCUGCAUAACGGCGCUGGAGACGCCGGACUUCAAAAUACAGAUGAACUAGUUAGAAUGGAAAAUGGAAAUUCUCUUGUUUAUGAGACCAGUAAGGAAGAAGGCCGAUCACUCAGGGAUGGAGUUUCGCAGGACAACACCUCCAUGUGCUCGGAAGAAAUGUCUCUGUACCCGAUUGAUGUUCGGGUUUUUCUCGAGGACAGCAUCGAAGCGCUGGCGGGAAGCAUCCAAUGGGUUGACGAGACAGAUGACGAGUAUGAGGGAUACUGCUACCCCGUGGAUCCCUUCGCCAUCCAGGUCCUGCCGCUGCCCGGCUCGGAGACGGCCCGCGCCUGCGCGCACUACGCUGCUAAGAAAACCCACCAGGCCAUGGAGAGGACGCGGGAGGUCUACGUGCGGGGAAAAGAGCGCUGGGGGGAGGUCUACGUCCGGGGAAGGGAGAGAGUGGGGGAAGCUUACGUACACUCGAAGGAAAGGAUGGGAGAGGCGGCCGUCAAGGCUAAGGACAGGAUGGAGUGGGCCGUGGUGGGCACCAGGGAGGCCAUGGGGGAGACUCUGGUCAGGAGUAAGGAGGCCAUGAGGAAAACUAAGGAGGCCAUGGGGGAGACCAUGAGGGAAACCAAGCAAGUGGUGGCAGAGAAGGUGGAACAUUCCAAGGAGGUGAUCGAGAGAGGGGUGGAGAGGACCAAGGAGGUUGGCAAGAAGGUGGUGGAGGCACUCUGGCAGCUGAUGCCCCACCAUGCCCUGCCAGAGUGGCUGAAGGAUAAUGAGUACCUGAAGGGCAGUCACCGGCCGCCCAUGCCGUCCUUCAGGUCAUGUUUCCGCUCCAUGUUCAGGAUCCACUCUGAAACUGGAAACAUCUGGACACACUUUCUGGGUUGCCUUGCGUUCAUCGCGGUUGCCAUUUACUUCCUGGUGAAGCGCUCGUCCGCGGACAUGCACUCGCCGCUGACGGAGAAGUUCGUGUGCGGAGCGUUUUUCCUGGGCGCCGUGCUGUGCCUGGGGUUCUCCUGGAUCUUCCACACUGUCUACUGCCACUCCGAGAGGGCCGCCAAGAUAUUUGGCAGGCUUGACUACUCAGGUAUAUCUCUGAUGAUCAUGGGUUCGUUCGUGCCGUGGCUGUACUACACGUACUACUGUAAGGAGGUUGCCCAGUACACCUACCUGGCCAUCGUCAUGGCGCUCGGGAUAAUCUGCAUCGUCAUCUCGCUCUGGGAGAAGUUCAGCGAACCGCGCUACAGGGCCUUCAGGGCAUGUAUGUUCCUGGGGCUUGGGUGCAGCGGAGUAGUUCCUGUCAUACACUAUCUCAUAUCAGACGGCUUCAACAUGGCGGUGACGGCGGGCCAGGUGGGCUGGCUGGGGCUCAUGGGCCUUCUCUACAUCGUGGGCGCCGUCAUGUACGCCACACGCGUGCCCGAGAGGUUCUUCCCAGGGAAAUUCGACCUAUGGUUCCACAGUCACCAGAUCUUCCACGUUUUAGUGGUCGCCGCCGCCUUCGUCCACUACCACGGAAUGAACAAGAUGGCGGACUAUCGCUUCCAUGCUGGGCCGUGCACAACGAUACCGUAGACUGUGCCUUUGUACCUCUGAUGGGAGCUGAUGCUGAGAUGGAGUCGACGCUACCUCUCUGUUACAGUUUAUGUUUGGAACUGACCAUUAAGCAUGGGGGUGUAGACAGAAGUGAAGCCAUUUUACUUAACCUACAAUACCAACGCACACUUCAUUUUUCAGUGGUCUAUACAAGGAGCACUCUUGUCAGAAGAAAAGUUUUGUAUUGUUUACUUGCUUGUGCUGUUUUUUUGGUGUUGUUGUAAUGUCAAAUUGAACAUGAACACAUCUCAAAUGAUCAAUUUGUGUGUGUGUUACACUUAGAUACACUGUUAAGUUAUUGCUAGCAAUAUGCGCAACUUAUUCCUGUUUAACCCCCUUGAUUCUUAGUGGUCUGCUCCAGACAUUUUGGUGGAAGAUAUUGUUUAAGGUUUAUGUAUCUAUUUUGUUUCAUGGAUUGAUUUUCUUGAAGAUGAAGUUAGGAUUCAGAAUUACGUAAGUUACUAGAUAUGUUGAAGUCCCUAUUCCUAUAGCAGUACAUCUGGUGUUCCAAAAAGAUAGUUGGUAAAGUAAGGCCCAGUCAGAUUCUAAGGUGGCUGUUGCAGUGCAGGACAGUGCCUGUAUACUGUGCCCGUAUCUUCACCAGAAGUAACUGGCACUGUGUUACACUUCAAAAGCCACUCUUAUUGGUCAAGCAACAAUAUCUAGUAAGAGCAAAAUCUUACAACUUCAACAAAUCUAACUGCACAAAUGUAACAUUAUAUGUAUUCAAGUGUUACAGCUUCACAUCCAAUCAACAGAAACCAGGAGACUACAAUGUUCAGGAAAAUUGUUGAGUUGUGAAGAAAAAAAUUAUAUUAACUUUUACACCAGAGUACCAGAGACAUGUAUAUAUUAUAGUCACCUUUAAUCAUGUCAUGACAGGAUUAUAGAAUGAUGAUUUUUCUAAAGAUAAUUUUGUGAUUUCAGUGAUAGGUUCAAUUUCCUUUUGAUUGUAAUAAAAGUAGAUUCAAGUAGUACGGUAACAGUAUAUGUCCAUAUUCUUAGAUUAACAUGAAGAGAAGGAACUAUUAUGGUGCUCCACAUAUUCUGUUCGAUAAAGGAUAAGUCUACUUAUUAUAUAUUAUUUGAAAUACUGCAAGAGGCUCUCUACCUUCAGUACUUGAAAAAUGCUGUAAUAAUUUUUUUAAAAAUCCCAUAGCCCCAUCUAUCAAACAUAGAACUGCAAACAUUUGGCAGUUAUUCUAUGAUCGGUUGAACCAUUGAAUUUGGACAACUGAGAAUCAGUGUGAAGACUCACUAAGAUUGUUCUGAGUAACGUGUUAUACAAAGUGUAUGAUGAACAUUGUAAGUACCCGGUAUAUCUGACACACAAGACUGCAGUACUGGAAGUCUUCUCAUAGAGGCCUCCAUGAGAGGUUCCAUUCUGCUGAAACCAUUGCCCAGUAGAUGCCUUCAGAUGUGCAAAUAGAGGUGGAAAUUUUGUCUCUGCAACCUACUGGUAAUGAUACCUUUUGAAAUCAAGUACUCUGGUAGACAUGGAUAUAUGCAUAUGGGAUCAAAGUUAAGAAUGAAAGGAAUUGUAGUAUUUUUUUUUCAAAUUUCAGUGUCAAGUAUGAUCAUAUUACCAAUGAUAAUUUUUUGUUUGUCAUGUCUCAAACAUAUAAAUGUAUGGCUGAAACUAUGGACUGCAAAAUCGUCAUCAGUCCUUAAACCUGCCUUGUCAAUAUAUUAUAUGAAACAUGUAUGUUACUACAUUAUCAUCGAGAAGUAUGUUAUGUUUUAAGAUGUAACAUUUGCAUUGUAUGUUUUUAUGUGUUCUCCUUUUUGUGAGUGUCAGGGUAGAUUUAAAAAAUGGGCAAGAGAGAUAACAUUGUUCGGGUUAAGUUAACAUAAAAGGUAAACUUCUUCACAAUUGCUUCUGAAAGACAGAAGAGUGCUGUAUUUUUGAAAGUGAAGAUUCUGGUAUCGUAUAGUGAUAAUAAAUGAAGACGAGUUAGAAUAAGAGUUUGAAUGCUAACGUUGAUGGUAUUAGCAAAUGCUGUAUUUUGAGGUGUGUUUUACUUUUCUUAGACUUGAUGUAAACACUACCAGAAAUAAUUUAGGGUAGACCUUGGUACUCAAGGCUUCUUCUUUCAAACCAUUCGAGUUUAAUCAACCUUAGGUAUGCCCUUUCAGCCAAGUUGGUGUAAGAUACUGUAUUGUAUGGACAAAGAGAAAAGCUGGUAUAUGUGCCUUCUGCCUUCCGAGUGUACGUACAGCCUCCCAAACUUAUCCAACGCAUACGUGUAGAUGUGUAUAGUCAAACAUACAGAGGUACCUAUUCCUGCAGUACCACUGGCAAGGGCAAGAGGGCGACAGUAAGAGAGCUUUUAUCCUACUAUUUUGAUACAUAGGUCCGUAUUUAGAAUAGUGCUGAUGGAACUAUGUUAGUGCCAUAAAGUGAACUAUUGGACUAUGAGGUAACAUAAAGAUUAGAUUACCCAACUAUAUACCAAUGGGGAUGUGAACAAACAUUUGUUAAAGACCUCGCUGGUCCAAUAUGAUGUGCAUUGCUCUGGCAGCAAUGGACAUUAUCGUUAAGAAGGUCUGAGAAAAAAAAAACUAACAUAAAUGUCAUUCUUCUAACCUUUACAAUAUGCCUUGAUUUUAGGAAAAUGUGAAUAAAAAGAGAGACUUA